AUGUCUUCUGGCUCUGACGAUGUCCCUCACAGGACGGACGAAGGCUCAGCACGCAGACAUCGGGGUCGUAAGACGGUGAGCCAAGGUCUUCUUCGCAUAAUUCAACAGACAAAAGUUCAAGGCAAUCCUCCUGCGAUAUCCGGUAAAGCCAAUCUACGAAUCCCUUCUACCCGCCUUCUCAAACGAAAUGAAAAUUACGCCAGUAUCGAUGACCUGAUUACCUCCAUGGAAAUCUCUGUAUUCACAGUCAAGUUUUGA